UUGUACAUGCAUGGUGAAGUCUUGCCAAGCCAUACCUGCGCUGCAGAAACCCGCCCAACUUCUGAAUAACGGCGACAAGAAAAGAUGACCUCCAGUCGUCCAGGCAAAUGCAAAAUAUGUGGUUAAUAGCUUAAUGUGGAAGAGCAUCAGAUAAUUACGAUACUUAUUUAGGGUUAUGUCAAUGCAAUUUACUAUUAUUUGAACUAUUUGUUCUAGAAAGAAAAGGGUACAUUCUAAAGGACAAUGUUACUCACUAAAACGUCAUCGUUGAAAUGGAUACGCGCGUUAUUUGCUAUGUGGCUGCAUCUGACUGUGUGGGAAACGAUGGAGGCUAUCCAUCCAGACUGUGCCCUGGUCUCUCAUCACAUGAAGUCCCAGGAGAGCUGUAUCCACACACGCAGACAGGAAGGCCGGAACCGCUCUGCCAGGACAGUUAUACUUCCACUGACAUGAUCUCUCUCAGAGCUGCAAGGACACGUCGAAAACCACACGGCAACCAGUUAGACACAGUUGACGGGUGUCGUACAGAGUGGGAUGAGAUCAGAUGCUGGUCACGGGCUGAGGUGGGCCAGAUUGUCAACGUCUCCUGCUCAGACGUCUCCCAGCUCUUCGCCAACAAAGGCUACAUCUUCAGGAACUGUACGAAGGCUGGCUGGACAGAGCUGUACCCUACAUAUGAGGAGGCCUGUGAGUUCGCAGAGGAGUCAGAGACAGGACCAGAGACAACAUACUUCUACACCAUCAGUCAGGUGUACACUGCUGGAUAUGCCACCUCCCUCGUCUCCCUCAUAUCAGCCAUCUUUGUCUUCACUGUGUUCAGGAAGUUCCACUGUACCAGGAACUACAUCCACAUCAACCUAUUUUCCUCAUUCAUCCUGAGAGCCAGUGCCGUUUUCAUCAAGGACGGAGUUCUGUUCGCUGAUGAGAACCUGGACCACUGCUUCAUGUCCACCAUGGCGUGUAAGUCAGCGGUGGCCUUCUUCCAGUUUAGCAUCCUGGCUAACUACUUCUGGCUGCUGGUGGAGGGCAUGUACCUCCAGACCCUCCUGGCCCUCACCUUCGUCUCACACAAGAAGUACUUCUGGUGGUACACACUCAUCGGCUGGGGUCUCCCAACUACAAUACUGUUGGUGUGGGUUCUGACACGCAACUUCUAUGACAACCGAGGUUGCUGGGACGACACUGAUGUGGCCUUCAUCUGGUGGAUCAUCAAAGGGCCAAUAACAGCAUCAUUACUGGUCAACUUCAUCAUCUUCAUCAAUGUGAUCCGUAUUCUGGUACAGAAGCUCAAAUCUCCAGGCGUGGGGGGCCACGACACUGGCCACUUCAUGAGGCUGGCUAAAUCCACUCUGUUCCUGAUCCCUCUGUUUGGGAUGCACUACAUGGUGUUUGCCUUCCUACCAGAGAACACAGGAGAGGAGGCCCGAAUCUUCAUAGAGCUGGGCCUGGGAUCCUUUCAGGGCUUUGUGGUGGCUCUGCUCUACUGUUUCCUAAAUGGAGAAGUGCAGGCAGAGCUGAAGAAGCAUCUAUGGAAGUGGCAGAUCCAGGGUUAUCUGCGCUACAGUAGGAGAAGACGUACGCUCUUCACAGAGAGCUCCACUGUCACACAGAUCUCUGUUCUGGAGAAGUCCUCCCCCAAAGAGCUGCCCUGCAUCAGCGACACACACACACUCACACACAUCGACAAACACACACUCACACACACUUCUGUCCCGAGCUGUACUGACACACAAAUACUCACACACACUGACACACAAACACUCACACACAGCUCUGUCUCAAUCUGUGACAACACAAACACCCUCACACACAACACCGACUCACUCACACACAACUCAACAGUCUGAGAGAACAAACGCUAUCUCUCUCUAUUCCCAAUCCUCCCUCUUCUUUUCUUCCUCCCCUCUCUCAAGGAUGGACUACACCUUGACUCUGCAGUGCCAAAAUCUCAGAUAGGCCUCUCAGUCUAGAGAGAUCUAAAUGUUGUUCCAUAGAAUGAGCUGUCUGUUGUGUUGACUCACUGGCUUGGCUGUGUGGCUCCAUAGACUGAGCUGUCUGUUGUGUUGACUCACUGGCUUGGCUGUGUGGCUCCAUAGACUGAGCUGUCUGUUGUGUUGACUCACUGGCUUGGCUGAGUGGCUCCAUAGACUGAGCUGUCUGUUGUGUUAACUCACUGGCUUGGCUGUGUGGCUCCAUAGACUGAGCUGUCUGUUGUGUUGACUCACUGGCUUGGCUGAGUGGCUCCAUAGACU